AUGGGCCAAAAUCAUAAGCAGAUUCUGUUGCUUUGGUGUCUGAUGUUGCUGUCACAAAGUUGCCUGUCAUGGGGAGGCUGGUUCUUCGGUUCAGGCAAGAAAGACGGGGAAGAAAAACAGCGUUUUUCGAGCAAUUUCCCCGAGGGAAACCAAGCAGGCUCCAAGGUUGUGGGCUCAGGAUUCUCCAUGGAGCCUUUCAACAUUGCAAAAGGAAUCAAACUGGUGGAAAACGCGAGGCAGAAGAUGUUGAUGGGCGCUGAUUCUUGUUGGCAGAUGGCUUAUCAGUCUGUAUUUGCAGAGUGUUCAAAGGCCCUUCAUAAUGAAGAGUUAAGGUCUAGGCUUGCUUGGCAUCUCAGCGAUUGCUUUCAGAAGCACUCCGGCAGGCCUUCUUUCCCUUUCUGUCACCCCAAAUCCGCCAUGAAUCAUUGCCUCAAGACCUUGGAUGAUCUCGCUCAGAAAGUCUACCUCGAGUUCUUUCUCGAAACCAAUUCCAUUUGCCAUCAACUCCAGAUGGAUGCAUUUAAAUAUCAGACAGAGAGAUUGGUGAAUGAACUGAAGAGAACUGCAGAGAAUGCAGAGGAAAAGAUAGAGAACAUAGAAGAGCGAGGGGAGAUUCUGCUCCAGAACUCGAAAGAAAUCCAUGAUUCUUUAUCCAUGGUUGAUCUCCGAACCCAAAACUUAGAAAAGGCUUCCAAGAACGUGGAAGAUCACGUCGGCCUUGUGCUGGAACAUUCAAAGGCAAUACAACAGCAGUCCAGGGCGAUCGAGGCCUCUCAGAAGGAGCUAACAGACGAGCAGGCGAGAAUGAAGGGGAAACUAGUUGAAGGAAUGGAGAUUGUGCAGGCUUCUUACAGUAAUCUUGACAGAGAGAUCAACGAGUUGAGGAGUGAGGCUGAGGAGAUCGAGAAGGAGAUUGGUAGAGUCGGGGAGGAAAUGUAUUCGAAAAUGAGAACGCUUCAGAGUAAAGCUGAUGAUAUAGGGAACAUUGCUGGGGUUUCUUUGGAUAAACAGAAAGAACUGUUGGAUAGUCAGUCUGUUGCACUUGAAGGCCUUCAUGUUCUCACCAAAUUCCAGUCUCAAGCUCUCGAAGAAAGCAGAGGAACUCUGCAACAACUGGCAGAAACUGGAACGAAACAGCAAGAGGAACUUCUUAGGAGGCAAGAACAGCUUCAACAAGCGCAUGAUCACCUCGUCGAGAACUCAAAAACAAUCUUAGAAGCUCAGGAAGCAUUCGAGUCCAAACAGGCAAGCAUGUUUGUAGCCAUAGACAAACUCUUCGCUUUGCACAACGCUAUCCUGCUCGAAUCAAGGCUGAUGAAAGCUUUCCUGGUUUACUCACUCUCAAUCCUUCUGCUCUACAUGUUCACCAGCACAAAACAGACUUAUAACGUUAGGCCUCGGCUUUAUAUAGGGCUGUGUGCAACAUUCUUGAUCGAGUUCUGCAUAAUUCGAUACGGGGCAGAUGAAAUGGAGCAGCAGUCAUGGAUGAUAAGCAUGGUGAGAUCAGUCUCAGUGGCCAUUGCAUCAAUCCAGCUUCUGUAUGCCAUCUGGACAUACAGGGACUAUGAGAUGUUGAACCAUAAGAUUCUGGUGACACUGAUGGAGAAGGUGAAUGGGAUGCAGAAACACAGGAAGGAGAGUUCAUGGGAUGAUUCAGAGAGUGAAGUGGAAGAGUGGGGUUCAUGGAUUGAGAAUGAGUUGUUAGAAGAAGUUGAUAAAUUGCAGGACCCUGACUAUUUGUUGCCAGAAGAAGAAGCUGCACAAAAUUCAUUGGUUACCAUAGGGAGAUAUAAUCUCAGAAAUCGCAGCUAUCAAAGAUUUUGACUUUUAACUUUUUCACCAACAACUAUGAUUAGUGCCAAGUCCCUAUCUAAAAUAUUUCAGUUAUAAAAUAAUUAACUAAAAA